AUGUCAACAAGUGUGUGCCAAGGGAUGCAAACACAGUUUGAUCCAUGGCUCGCCGAGCCACGGAUCAUCGGGUUCAAAUUAUCUCAGCCAGCAUCCAAGAUUUCACUGUCUACUGUAAGUUUUCCUAGGUCUCCAAGUGAAAUAAUCAACCCAAAGAAGACCUCAAGAAAUGGUGAUUUAGGUGGUUGGAGUUUCUUGCAAACUCUUACAAACCCAACUCAUAUUUCCGAAACUGUGAAAGAGGGAGACAAGGAUAAGGAGAAAGAGUAUAUUCAUCCUCUUGUCAAAAAAUCAGCUUCAGUUUUGAGUGAGAAAAGCUUGGAGAUGUGUACAGAAAGCUUAGGGAGUGAAACUGGCAGCAUCAUCAGUGAUAGUGGGGAUGAACUAAUCUCUUCAUCUUUCGUGUCAGAAUUCGAAAAAUCUCCUAGAAUGUCUUGUGUUACUAUGAUCAAAGAGAGGUCGACGAGCAGCAGUAGCUUCCCACCACCAAUAAGUACCUUUAGGAGUGGUUGUUCGGGUGGAUUUCAAGUCGAAUCUCAAAGACAAGAUGGGAGGUUAGUUAUAAAGGCGGUUAGUGUUGGCACCAGUCAGGGUUGUUUCAAGGCUGAGAGGACUAAUGGAAGGCUUACGCUUCGUUUCCUAGAUAACUCGUGUGGGGCCGAAGAUGAAUGCAACCGAGAAUCUUCCCAAGGAGAUGAAUUCUAUGAUGGUAACGACAACAAUGAAGGCAAUGCCAAUGAUGAUGAGUAUAUAGUUAAUGAUGGACAGUUAUACAAUGAGAUGGAAGAAAGUAGUGGAAAUGUUGUAGAUGAAGUUGAAUCAAGUAAUUUUAGUAGAAGAAGCCGGUGUAACGAAGAAGGAGCUGCUAGGAUGUGCAAAGAACUGCAAAAUUGGGAGCCAUUUUUGGUUGCUAGCUCUUGA